UAAACUAGUCGUCCUCCAAAUUUACCUUUAUCCCAAAUUCCACAGGACAACUUGAACACGCAUUUGCCUAUCACAGUAACUUGUUAACCAAGUACCAGCCUUCAUCCAUUUUGUACCUCUUCAUUCAACAUUGAAGUGCCCUAUUCACAUGGUCCAUGAAACCGUACCCGAAAAAUAAGCGGUAGGGUAUUUUAUGGCAAAACCGUGGUUUAACCGUAGUUCAAAAGUUAGUACCUUUAAAUAGCGCCUAUCGAUUUAGCCUCCGAUACUGGUAUUUUGUGGUUGAACCGCCGAUACGGUACGGUUUAAUGGAUCAUGCCUAUUCACCAUUGCCAAGAUCAAGCAAUGGUGGUGGGCCUAAAGGCCCAGAUAAUUAGGGGCUGCUUAUUUCGGAAGAGGCUUCCACCGUCCAUAGACAUCUUUGGCUCUUUGCACGUUUUCAUUCACAAAUGUGUAUCACACAACUACCACGUUUCAAUACGUGGGAAAUGACUGCGGAAACAAAAUUUGAAUUGAAUUCCCCGGGUAGGCUUUUUUUCUAACAUUCUAUUGUCAUAUCUCUGCAUAAAUUGAAAAAAAAAAAACAAAAUUUGAAUGGAAUUUCCAAUUUCCAGAUGGCAGAGAACAGAUAGGCUUUUCCAGCAAGUUAAAAGAAUUUUGGGCCACCAUGGAUAUUGGGCCCAGUAAUUUCUCUUUCUAUGCUUCCGCACCGCAAAAUUUAUUAUCUAAAUCCGCAAAAUAAAAAUAAAAAAUUAAAACAGAAAAUCCAAUUUCUCUUUCUUUCACUCUUCAGUUCACUUUCUGCUCACAAAUUACGGCUUCUCCCUGUUUCUCCGCGAACUUGAACCGCAAAUUCAUUUUCUUCAUCCCCUCCUUCUCCAUGGCUUUUUCCCAAACUUGCUCUGGGACCCUCUCUUGUACCCUCCUGCUUCUUAUAUCAUGAUGAUCCUAUCCCAAUCAUUGUCGUCAUAAAAUUUCUCUGCUUCUUCUUCAAUCAAGAUCCCAAUUUUCUACUUUACUGUGGGUUUUUGCUUCCAAAUUUCGGUCUUUGCAUUAAGGGGAUUAGUUAUCUUGGUGGGUUUUCUCAAUGGCGUCUGGUGCUGGGUCAUUCUCGCCUCGCAUUGAAGUCAUGGCAGAUAGCUCUGUUCUUUUCAACUCCAGGAACAACCAGAGCGGCCGCACCAUGUUUCACUUCCUCUGCUGUAGGCCGAAUAGGAAAUCGUCCAUCAGCCUUGGAAUUUAUGGUGAUGGGUUCCCGCCUAGGUUUAGGAGUAUCAGAGCUAUUGGGAAAGAGAGUGAGACGGAUGGUGAUCAGUCACAUGUGGAUGCGCUUCAGGCCACGAUUGAGAAGAGCAAGAAGGUUCUUGCUGCGCAGAGGAACUUACUUCAGAAGAUCGAUGAAAGAAGGAAAAUGGUGUCUUCUUUUAAAGAAAGCUUUAUGAACUCAGAAUCUGCCGGUGAAUCUUCGUAUAAGCAAGAUGAGGAAUCUUUGACUAAUGCGGAACCUGCUUCAGCAGAUGCUGGGGGGUUUACUGAGCCACAGAAUGUUUUUAGCAGCUAUGAGGAUGGUGAACCAGAAACUGGGAAUGCUUAUACAAGCGGGAGUUAUCGUCAAAGAUGGAGUAGAAGUCAAGAAAUACUGCCAAGGUCAGUGCAGCUGGAUGAGCAAACAUCAGUUUUUGCAAAUACGCCCCAAGUUUCUAUUAUUGACAGUGUGAAGCAUGAAGCUGUCAAUGAAUCAACUUUUCGAGUGAUCAAUCAUCUUGAAGGAAAUUCCAGUGUGAAUGAUACAAUAGCUCAGUUAGAGGAGCCCAUAUCAGUCCGAUCAAAUGCACCCACUGUGGAGCCUGUGGAUAUCAAUGGAUCCAGAGUGUCCAAUGAUGUUGAAGGUGUUUCAAAUGUGGAAGAUUCAAAGCCGCCCCCUUUGGCUGGGGCUAAUGUCAUGAACGUCAUUUUGGUUUCUGCAGAAUGUGCUCCGUGGUCUAAAACAGGUGGGCUUGGGGAUGUUGCUGGUUCAUUACCAAAGGCUUUAGCCCGACGUGGACAUAGGGUUAUGGUUGUUGCACCUCGAUAUGGUGAAUAUGCUGAGGCCCAACAUUCUGGAGUCAGAAAGAUUUAUAAGGUGGAUGGUCAGGAUAUAGAGGUUACCUACUUCCAAGCCUAUAUUGAUGGUGUGGACUUUGUCUUCAUAGACUGCCCAUGGUUUCGCCACUUUGGGAACAAUAUAUAUGGAGGAAACCGAAUGGAUAUUCUGAAGCGCAUGGUGUUAUUUUGCAAAGCAGCUGUGGAGGUUCCUUGGUAUGUUCCCUGCGGUGGUGUAUGCUAUGGAGAUGGAAACUUGGCAUUCAUUGCAAAUGAUUGGCAUACAGCUCUGCUUCCAGUUUAUCUGAAAGCAUACUACCGUGACAACGGGUUAAUGCAAUUCACACGAUCUGUCCUCGUGAUUCACAACAUAGCUCACCAAGGUCGGGGACCAGUGGAGGAGUUCCGGUAUGUGGACCUGCCGGGAAACUACAUCGACCUCUUCAAAUUCUACGACCCAGUGGGCGGUGAGCACUUCAACAUCUUCGCUGCUGGUCUGAAGGCGGCAGACCGAGUGGUAACAGUUAGUCAAGGAUACUCCUGGGAGCUGAAAACACCAGAGGGCGGUUGGGGCCUACACACCAUCAUAAACGAAAACGAUUGGAAGCUGAGAGGAAUAGUAAACGGCAUCGACACUCAAGAGUGGGACCCACGUCACGAUCUCCACCUGAAAUCCGAUGGUUACACGAACUAUUCGCUCGAAACUUUUCGCUCCCGGAAGCCACAAUGCAAAGCAGCACUCCAAAGAGAGCUCGGUUUGCCCGAGAGGCCAGAAGUUCCACUGAUUGGUUUUAUCGGAAGGCUCGAUAACCAGAAGGGCGUCGAUCUUAUCGCCGAGGCGAUCCCGUGGAUGGUGGAACAGGAUGUGCAAUUGGUGAUGCUUGGCACAGGAAGGCAGGAUUUGGAGGAAAUGUUGAAGAACUUGGAGGGGCAAUACAAGGACAAAGUUAGAGGUUGGGUAGGGUUUUGUGUGAAGACCGCGCAUAGGAUAACUGCCGGUGCAGAUAUCUUGCUGAUGCCAUCCAGGUUCGAGCCGUGUGGGUUGAACCAGCUGUACGCGAUGAUGUAUGGGACGAUUCCUGUGGUUCAUGCAGUUGGCGGGUUGAGAGAUACAGUUCGACCAUUCGAUCCAUUUAACGAGUCUGGGUUUGGGUGGACAUUUGAUUCAGCUGAAGCGAGUAAGUUGAUACAUGCGUUGGGGAAUUGCUUGUGGACCUAUAGAGAGUUCAAGGAGAGUUGGGAAGGGUUGCAGAGGCGUGGAAUGGAGCAGGAUUUGAGCUGGGAUCAUGCUGCGGAGUUGUACGAGGAGGUUCUAGUUGCUGCCAAGUAUCAAUGGUGAUCAUUUGGGUAAAUUGGGUUUCUUUCUUUCUUUCUUUCUUUGAGAUCUCAGUUUUUACCGUGGUAAAAAAAUAAGAGUAGGAGUAAGAGGCAAGGAAGUCGGUAUCCAGUUGCCGAAGCAAGACUUAAUUAGGCAGAAUUUAAUGGCUAAUCUUUGUUAAUUCUGCUAUCAUCUAAUUAAUAAUAAUGCGACACUUGUAUGCCAUUCCUAAUCACGAGUAACUUGGGUUUCAGAUGUCAAGCCAUUGUAAGAAUUUGUUUACAAACCAGCUCUACACACUUUGUUUUGCUUUCUUUUCCUUAGGGAGAUGUAAAUGUCAUGUUGUUAAUGAACUUUAAGAUGUCGA